AUGCUGGAUAUUGAAUAUUUCCAAGAUCAAGAAGAUGAGGAAGUUGUAAAGUCCGGCUAUCUCAGCUCAGUUGCCUUUUCGCUUCUCUUUCCCUUAUCUCCAUGCUUUUCUAUUUCGCGCAGUCGUAAUCGUCAUAAAGGCGCCCUUGCCAAUCACAGGUCCACCAACUUUUUGUAUGUGUCGGUAGUGUUUCUGGGCACGUUUGCAGGUUCGACUCCUGGCUUGACACAAAGGUGGGCGCUACGUCGAGGUCUAUUGUUCAUUUUGGGAGAGCAUUGUCGCAUCGGCCCCGCGCAAAAGAGCUCGAUCACCUUCAGUGGCUAUCCUGAACGAUCGGGUCCCGCCUUGGACGAUACAAGCGUGUCUGUUAUAGCCUGGACUCGCCGUACUCUCCGGAGUAUGGUGUGUCUGUCAGAUAGUCUUGAAAUAACGCUUGAGGAAUUGAGGGAAUAAGGAAUUGACGGAAAAGGCAUUGGCAUUGGUGUCAUUCCUGAAGGCUUGCCGAAAGGCUUGCUGGAAGGAUUGGCGGUGUAGGUUCCAGCUUCGAGCUGGGACUGAGGCUGUGGUGGACAUGGAGGUUGA